AUGAUCAUCAUCCCUCAAGCCACCAUCGACCGCAGCAUCUCCCAAGAUGCCUCCUCUCAAACUCCCAAACUCCACGGCAUAAAAUCCAACCUCCUCAUUCCGGGCCGCGGCUCCCCAAUCAAGAAUGGCACCCUCAUUAUCCAUGAAAAAUCCAUCGUCUGGGUCGGCCCUCACACUUCUCUCCCCGCAAAAUACAGCGCCGUGCCUUUCACACACGUCGACACUCUCCUCCCCGGCCUCUGGGAUUGCCACGUCCACUUCCUCGGCGUCUCCAGCCUCUCCUCAUUCACCUCACUAAUCAGCCAGUCCGCCGUCCUAUCCGCCGCUCGAAUCGUGAAGGAUCUUGAGCGGACACUCAUGGCGGGCUUUACUUCUGUUCGUGAACUCGCGGGGUACGCCGGGGAAAUGUCCCCCGCAAUCGAAGAAGACAGUAUUGUGGGGCCAAAUGUUUACUCAAGUAUUGGGAUUCUGAGCAUGACGGCCGGACAUGGCGAUAUCCAUGAUUUGCCCAUCGAGACGGUGCUAGAUGCUUGUGCGAAGCGAGGGAUUCCAUUUGCGGUUUGUGAUGGCGUGCCGGAUUGUAUUCGCACGGUGAGGAAGAUGAUUCGAAGGGGCGCGAAAGUGAUUAAGGUCUGUGCUACGGGCGGCGUGUAUAGUCUCAUCGAUGAUCCUGAGGCGGCGGAGUUCUCGCCUGAUGAGCUGAAAGCUAUUGUUGAGGAGGCGGCGAGGGCGAAGAGGGUCGUUGCGGCUCAUUGUCACGGGAAGGAUGGGAUUAUUAAUGCGUUGAAUGCGGGUGUCAGGACUAUUGAGCAUGGGAGCUUUUUGGAUGAGGAGUGUGUGAAGUUGAUGAAGGAGAAGAAUGCGAUUCUUGUGGCGACGAGUUUGGUUGUUGAGGGAGGGAUGGAGAAUCUGGAUGACUUGCCGCCAAUCAAUCGUGCGAAGAUGAUUGCUACAGCGGCGGUUCAUAGAAAGGCGUAUAAAUUGGCUGUGAAGAGUGGGGUGAGGAUUUCGUUGGGAACGGAUCAGGGGACGAGUUUGGGAGAUACGUAUAAUACUCACGGAAGGAAUGGGAAGGAGUUGUUUUAUGCUGUUGAGGCGGGGAUGAGUCCACUGCAGGCAAUAGAGGCUGCUACGGCGAUGGGACCGGAGACUUUGGGGGAUAAUUUUGCGAAGACGAGUGGACUGUUGAAGGAAGGAUUUGAUGCGGAUGUGAUUGCAAUUGCAGGGAAUCCACUAGAUGAUAUCAAGCUGUUUGCUGAUGCGAAGAAUAUCACACAUGUUUGGAAGGCGGGGAAGAAAUUCAAGUCCCCGGCAUGA